AUGGCUCACUCACUCCCCACUUCCAUGAAAGCAUGGACGUUCACUCGUGCAGGCUCCGCUGAACGAGUCCUCCAAUUAUCCCAACAGCACCCCAUUCCCACCCUAGGCACCAGCACUGAUGUACUCAUCCGCAUAACCCAUGUGGCCCUGCACCCCGGCACAACCAUAAUGAUGAACCUUAUCCCAUGUAUCUUUCGAACAACGCCCUGCAUUGCAGAAACAGACUUCUCGGGAGUGAUCAUCGAAACGGGCAAGGAGGUCCCAGUUACCCCCAGCCCAGACAAUGCGCACCGGUACUUCCCGCCCGGGACGCCUGUAUUCGGGUCCAUUCCCGUCGGGCAACAUCUGAAAGGUGCCGGAGCCUUGGCAGAGUAUCUCGUUGUGGAUGUGAAUUGCAUCGCUCGCAAACCAGCCAAUAUCUCAUUCGCGCAGGCGGCGGGUUUACCCGUCUCGGGUACAACUGCUCUCACACUUAUGGAUGCUGCGGAUAUCCGACCCAGUGAUCGGGUACUCGUUAAUGCUCCCAGUGGGGGGAUCGGACACCUCGUCACGCAACUUGUGUCUCAGAUUGUCGCCGACGAGGGGCGUGUUGUAGGUAGGUGCUCUGCUGCUUCUUUUGACGUGGCGAAAACGCUCGGUUGCGAUGAUGUUGUGGUAUACGACACUUCGGGUGACUCAUCUACCACUACGGCCAGGGAGGUAUAUGGGGAUGAACCAUUCGACAAGGUCAUCGAUGCCCGUGGAUCUCAGGAUCUGUGGCAUUCCUCGCCUGCAAUUCUGAAACCUGGAGUGGACCACACGUAUACAUCGGUUGGACCGGUGCUGGAAUCUUAUACUUACUUGGGCAUGUUUGCAUGUCUGCUGAAAAUGGGGUUGAAUAAUUUCCUGCCUGUUUGGGCGGGCGGGGUAGACCGGCAGUAUAGACAGGUUACAGCUGUGGUUAGUACGGACAAGCUUGAGAGGCUAAGAAAGCUAUGUGAGGCCGGUCAAUUGGGUGUUUUGAUAGGAGAUACAUGGUCAUUCGAGGAUGCUGUUCAGGCAUUCCACGUUAUGGCUGGCAAGCAUGCAAGGGGAAAACUGGUAAUAUGUGUUGCGGAUCCGAACGGACAUGCUGAGGAGUAA